UUUCAGUUGCCAACAAAGAGUGAACCAGGUGUAAGUAGGCCACCAAUCAAAAUCCCACCGACUGAAAAUAAAAAACAUACUCUUCCUGAGAGUUACACAUGUAUCCCAGCUGUAGCUUUGAAAAACAGUUCUGUUUGUGUGCCAGAGUGUAAGGUACAAAGAGUUACAGGCUUAUUGGAUAGUGCAAUAGCAGAGGAAAAGAGUUGGGUCAAACAAGCACUGCCACUUCUAGAGAAGAAAGAAUUGACUUCUGAAGAUGCAAUUGCAUGGGCUGCCUAUCAUGCUUCCAAUCAACCUUCAGUGGAAGACCCCCCAGCAAGAUGUGCACUCCUUCCUCUGUUCUAUGAGAAAUCUGCCACAGCAGCCAUGAUUAAGCAUGGCAUGGAUGUUCAGAGACAGGCUGUUCAAUUUCUCAAUCCAGGACAGAUCCCUGUCACUGCAUUUGAUCAGCCUCUGUUUGCUCUGGCUAAGCUUGUACAAUGGAAAUGGCCGAACACCCAUGGUGAAAGAGUUCAUGUAGUUAUGCUGGGAGGAUUACACACAGAGAUGGCUCUCUGGAAUACACUUGGCGAUCUCCUAGAGGGCUCUGGUUGGACGACAGCACUGAUUGAAGCAGAAGUGGCAUCAAGUGGCAUGGCUGAGUCGUUUCUGAAAGCAGCACACCUAACACGAACCAGGCAUGCACACCAGGUCACUGUCUUGACACUGCACAAUCUACAACAGGAGGCUUUCAGGGUUAGUGCAGGCCCCAAAGAUGAAGAGUCCUUCAUGGCUUGGAGAAACAACAUGCUGAAGAAGAGUCCGACGUUCAUGUUCUGGGAUCUGAUCAUGAGAUAUGAAACCCUCAUUCUCAUCUUCAUAAGGGCACACAGAGAGCAGAAUUUCCUACUGUAUGUAGAAGUGCUUGAAGAACUGGCCCCUCUAUUCUUUGCCUUGGACCAUGUGAACUAUUCAAGAUGGUUGCCUGUCCAUAUCAGGGACAUGAAGUCUUUGCCCGACUCUAUCAAGGACGAGUUUGAGAAGAAUUCUCACUGGGUUCUUUCAAAGACAUCUAACAGGUUUUCUGCAAUCCCACUGGACCAAGCUCAUGAACAAGAGAACAAGAAUGUGAAAGGUUCAGGUGGUGCGGUUGGCCUCACAGAAAAUCCAACUGCCUUCAGAAGAUGGAUGCUCACAGGCCCAGAAAUGGCAAGAUUGAUAAAGGAAUUUGAAGAGGAAUAUCUCCAAGAUGACAAAGAGAGCUUCCAGCACCAUGAGCAGGGUCUUGGCACACAGAAGACAUUCCAGAGACAGGUCAACAGUCUGUCAGAUACCAUAAGGCGUAUGGGAAACCCUUUCCUGGAUGUCUUCGAGGAACUUGUGACUCUUGAUAGUCGCAACUGCGCAGAUAAAUUAGUCGCAAAUACCAUGCUCAUCCUGGAGGACACAGGGAAGAGACAAUAUCAGGAGUUUGUCAAGAAGGUGCUUGAUGAACGCACACAAUCUAUCCAUGAUCCGAUUAAAAGGAAUUCCUUGGCAGUCUUCAGGCAACCUAGACGCAAGACAAUGUCUAAAGAUGGGAAAAAGAUUAAAGUGCUUCAGAACAACGUGGCACUCUUUGGCCAGCUAUAUGUAGCUAUGCAGAGCCGUGAGAGUAAUUUGGAUGAAUUCUUUACACAUGAGGUGCAGUCCUUCCCUCCAUCUCUCUCAGACUUUGGAAAACUUCAUCUGACAGGCACCAAAUCAGACCUGCUACAAUGUCUUGAGCAGCCAGCACAAUCAGAGCCACCCUCAACCUAUGACUUCAAAGUCCUAGAUGGGGCAGUAAUUGUCCACUGCCUGCCCACUAUUAGAGUGAGCACGUUUGAUGCUUAUGCAAAUGAGGUUUUCAUCCCCUACCUGCAGAAGCAGCUGCAGGAUGCAAAACGAUUGGAUGUUGUAUGGGACACGUACAUCCCUGACAGCUUGAAGGAGUCCACCCGAGAAAAAAGAGGACGUGGUGUUCGCAGGAAAGUGUCAGGCCCGACAAAGUUGCCAGGCAACUGGAUGGACUUUCUUCGCGACCCAAUCAACAAGAAGGAGUUGUUUGAUUUCUUGACAUCCAAGAUCCAAGAGUUCAGCUGGCCACCAACCAAAGCUGUGUAUGUCACAUCGGGGCAAGCGGUGUCAGGACAAGCUUUUGGUUCCACUAGCAUGAUGGACUGUUGCAACCAUGAGGAGGCAGACACAAGGAUAGUGGUCCAUCUACAAUGCGCAUUGAAGGAGGGAGCAAAGACAGUUCUUGUGCGAACUGUGGACACUGAUGUCAUCGUGAUCCUUGCUGGUUUAUUUUAUGAUUUGGUGGUGCUUCAACCAUUGACUGACAUCUGGGUGGCUUUUGGCAUGGGAAAAAGGUUCAGAUAUUACCACAUAAACCACAUCUGCAAAAGCCUGGGGGAACCCAAAUCACAAGGUCUGCUUAUGUUCCACGCAUAUUCAGGUUGUGACACAACAUCUGCAUUUAACGGAAAAGGCAAGAAGUCAGCUUGGAGGGCCUGGCAAGCCUAUGAUGCUGCUACAGAAACAUUUAUGUAUCUGGCAAAGCAUCCAUUCCAGGAACUAAAAGUUGACUCUGAGCAUUUCCAGACACUUGAGAGGCUGACUGUGAUCCUGUACAACAGAUCCAGUCCUUUGAACUCCAUCAGUCAAACAAGGAAGGAACUCUUCUGUCAAGACAGUCGGCCGAUGGAGAGAUUACCUCCCACGCAGGAUGCCCUACUCCAGCAUGUAAAACGGGCUGUGUUUCAGGCAGGAAUCUGGGCAACCAGCACAGACACACAGCAAGUGAUUCCUUCUCCAAAGGACUUUGGAUGGACCAAGGACGAAACAGGGUCAUGGGUUCCAGUUUGGAUAACCAUUCCCGAGGUCUCCAUUGCCUGCAGAGAGCUGAUAAAAUGCUCAUGUAAAGGUGACUGUUCCAGCUGUAAAUGCAGCAAUGCUAAUAUUGACUGUUCUCCACUUUGCAAAUGCAACUGCUGCAAAUAGACACCAGAUUACUUCAUAGUGUAGUAAGAAGAGUCAUCCAGGCCAUUGGUCCUCAGCCCCCAUGCUGAUCAUGUGCACCAGCUGACUUGCCCCUUUAAUUUAUUUUUGGCCUCAAUCAGAGUUCUAACAUUAUAAUUGCAUUAAAGGUUUUAUGGAUAAUACUUCAUGUGCUGGGUCUUGAAUCAUCAUCUGAAAAUGAUACUUUUUGCUAUUUCCGUCCAUAAUGAGGCCUUAUUUGAAAGCCAAAUGGUUCAUAAUGGAAUCAAAUAUUGGCAUUCUGGCUGUUCUGGGAUGUGAAGACACUACCUGUAGACACCCUGUGCAAGUAUGAUGUAAAAACUAGCAGCAGGAGGACACAUGACAAGAAUUAGUCCUUUUUUAGUAUAGGCGUUUUUUGCAGUUAUUGAUCAAAAUAACUUAUGUGCACUAUAAAGGUAUUUUCAAUAUUUAAGUUUGAGUACCCUUCUAAAAUCCUUCAGUAGGUCAUAAAGAAGGCCCAUAAAAAAUUUGGCGCUUUUAUCCGC